GAGAAUAGAAGACAGACACCGCUGCAUGUUUCGCGAGUCGCGAAUUUUUCGUGAAAAAAUAAGAUAAGCAGCGGACCAAGUCGAUCGUGCAGCAGUCUUAUACGACAUAUAACAAUCCAGCAGAUCUAUACAAAGACCAAAAAUAAUAUCAGUACUCCAUAGAGAUCGCGCGUACGCGCAUAAAAUCCUGCUCAGUGCUCUCUCGACCGCAUAUCGCGUGCGUUGUAAAGUAAGAUCGACGUCACACAUUUAUCAUCUCCGCAUAUCGCAGUCGAGAAAAUGCGCGCCGCGACUAGCGAGUGAUACCUAUACCAAUAUCCGCGAGCGAGCUUCGAGAGGCAUAUUUCUACGCGUUCGUCUAUUUCCGAGAAUCUAGCGCCCGCGCGCGCAUCAGCACCACCGCCGAGCGGACCUAACCUCAAAGAGAAAGAUUUUCCUCCCAGAGAGUAGAGGACAUCGUCGUGUUUGCAUGAGUGUCGUAUACGAGAGCCCAGUGCCGCUGUUAUAUUUUUUUCAAGUAGUAGAUUUCUAUCUUGUUCUGAGGCGGGCCAGAUAGGCUACUCCACUACGUCGCAAAAAUGCUUGAAAUAACAGUGAAGACCUUGGAUUCGCAGAAUCACAACUUCACCGUUGACGACGAUAUCACUGUACGUGGCUUCAAGGAUCACAUCGCAGAAACGGUUGCUGUAGCUGCGGAAUCACAGAGAUUGAUCUACUAUGGCAGAGUCUUGCAGGAUGAUAAAAAACUCAAUGAUUACGGUAAUAUCAAUGGAAAGGUUAUACAUUUGGUGCAACGAGCUCCACCACAACCUGAAUCACGCAGCAGUAAUAACGAUGGCCAAAGACAAAAUAACAGCGUACCGGUAGGCAGGAUAUAUAGAAGCCAUGUUCACCCAAAUGCAAUGUACUUGAGUGCAAUGUUACCUACAGAAGUUGUUGAAGGUCCUGGGUUACCAACACCUCAGCUAAGCAACACUCUAUCCAACAGUCGGUUGGUUUCUGCAAGGCGUAUGCUGAACAGAACUAUACAGUUAAUGGAUCGUUUAGAUGAUCCAUCUGUGCCUCUCCAUUCUAGCCCUACAGAAAGCAAUGCUUCAGAAUCAGGACCUCCGACUUCAGCACCAGAAGAAACAGAUCAAGACAGUAAUGUAAAUGGUAAUAUAAACAAUACCAGGAACAGAAUGGUACAAGCAGCCUCGGAAAUAGCUGCUGCUUUUUCUGCAGCAGCUCUCAUCAAUAUUAGAUUGUCGCGUGAUAAUGGUGAAAAUGGAGGAAACGUGGCAGGUUCAGUGAAUGUAAUUGACCCAAGUCAAAUGGAGCAGACUGCUCAGGCUUCAGCUCAACCAAUGGAGUCUGAAGCAUCAGAGCCACAAAGAUCGGAACCACAAACAUCAGAACCAAAAACUUCGGAAACCAGUAAGUCAGAAAAAGAAAAGGCAGAACCAGGAAGAUCAGAGUCUGCAAGACCAGAGACUCAACGGCCAGAAGCAGAAAGAUUAGGAUCGCAAAGGGCUGAUGCUUCAACAAGCAACAAUAAUGAUAAUCAAAACGCAAGCAGACGAUCAACUCCUCAAGUUCCUCGCCCACCCCAAAUGGCUGAAUUAUUAGAAAGAUUAGUCAAUACCCAAGAUCGACUUAGGCCGUACAUUGAACGCUAUCGUGUAUUAAUGUUGGCCGAUCCUUCUCUUACGCCGGGAAGUGGGCCUGAAGGAGUUGCAGAAAAUCAGAGGAUAGUAGACGGCGUGAGCGAGUGUUUGCAUUAUUUAUCACACGCUUGUCAUGCAUUGAGUGAUAUAAUCGUAGAUAUGGGUCAACAACCUCCGCGAAAUUUGCGUUGCCGCCCAAUUAUAAUACAGCAUUCUGCUAUUUUACAAGCUGGAAUACCUAUUCAAGUUGAGUCGCGCGUCAAUCUGUCGGCACCAAAUGCGACUAACAACAAUAACACCACAGAUGAUGGAAAUGAAGCCACUCGACCAUCAUCUCCUACUUCGGCAGCAUCAGAUCAAACUAGUCGAUCUAGUAAUGCAAACAAUCGAUCAAUGACGCAAACUGCAAAUGGUCAUCAAAAUCAAUCAUCUUUACUAGGUACUCUGCUAAACCUGCCAAGCAAUGUAGAGUUGACCAUGGAGUUAAGUCCUCAAAGUGCAAUGGACUUAAGCUCUCCAAAUGCGGCGGACAGUACAGACAAUGAACAGGGUCAAAUGGGUGCAUCUGGAGGUUUGUACUCGAUGUCUCCACCCUUUGCGUUGAUUCGCGACGCGUUGCAAAGUGUUUUAAGUGAACGACACUCACAGAUGGAAACAUCAAGCGGAUCAUCGAUGAACAUGCCAUCGAAUAUUCCGUUUGUGACAAUCGUAGGACAACAGAUUGAUUUUGGCACACCGAAUUCUGGACAAAGUACACAAGCUAGAAGUAACAUCGGCACGCACCCAACUACGUCUACUCAGACACGCAGUACAGCGCGACCACACGUACUACAUCCGCACACGCAUCCGCUGGGCAUGGGUAUGGGAAUGACACAGAACAUGGAUUUCGAUCCGAUUCUGCCAUGCCAUUCGCACCACAUCCGCAGAGCACCACCGGCUACGGCUAACUCUACUUCUACUUUCCAAUCGAAUCAGGCUAAUCAAUCAACGACUUCGGAGAGCCGUAGUCGAUCGCAAUCUGCAUCGCGCUCAUCUACCUCAGCGAGAACCGUACCACAAACAGUCAAUAUGCGUGAUCUUGAAAAUGAUGGUCAGACCUUAGGAAAUGGUAUAGAUAUAAAUAUAGUUGGUGGAGAUUUACAUAUUUCGUUAAUUGGAAAUAUGCCUAAUACUAGUGAGGUACCGUUAGUAGAAAUAUUAAGGUCGUUUAAUCCACGUAUUGAGGAAAUAACAGAAGAAAAUUUUUUGAUCGCCCUAUGGCUAUUUAUGUUAAGAAACGUAACGUUCGGAGGCCUGAUGCAACUCGGCCUAGGUCAGUCUGGACCUCUGGUCAAUCUAAGACGGCGUCUUCAAGAAUUUCUAGAACAUUCCUUCCCCGAUGCACUACAAACUACUACUCUUCAGGACCGCGUUCUUGAAGAAAUCGUAACCCUUAGUCGGCCGUACCUUCAAGCUCUCUUUGUACCUGAAAUAGAAACAGCUAGCAGACAAAUCGACAUACCAGCAACAGUUGAAGCUUUGUUGCGAACAUUUUCUUCUGAAUUUUUAAAACUUUUAUUUAACAAUGACUUCGACAACGCAACUUUUGCCCAAGAAACCGUUACAUUAGCAAGAAAGUUGGAAGAUCAAUCCAGUGCAGUUUUGCGGCACAUACUUGAAAGAAGAAACAUUUCACUUGACACCAUUAUUUCUCGCUUUGUAAGUCAAUUUAUAGGUGAACACCCACUUUUACAACAAACUGUUCUUGGAAUUCUUAGCACGAGAAUACGUGCUUUUGCAACGAGAACGACGCAAAUGACACAGUCGGAAAUCGCAUCCCUACUGGUGUAUAAAAAUCAGCCGUCCGCGCCACCAGCUGAAUCAUCAGAGCCGAUUCCGAGUAAGCCACGGGUGAAGACCGAGAUUCAACCAGAGGAUCAAGCACAAGCUCAAGCACUACCCCUACAAUCAGAGCAACAGCAAUCGCUAAAGAAAGAAAUUAAAAAAAAAGAUAAAUUAGAACUCAAACCGGAGCUUUUCUUACUUGCUAAACAGGCUAUGGAAACUGAUUCACUGUCUGACAAAAAGCUGGAUGAUCCAAUGGAUUUGAACGGAGAAGAGAUUCCAGAAACGUUCCCAGGAGCAGAGCAUUUACCUCCUAUUGCAAAAUUAAAUUUGUGAGACGAUACAAAUGCAGACACAAUAAAUCGAGGAAUGGGUGCCGAUAAUAGCUCGCGACUCGGUGAUUCAACGUCGACAGACUCAGCUACAAGCCCAACAAGGUGGACCUAUCCCUUUCAGCGAUGCUUACCUCAGUGGCCUGCCUAGCAAGCGGCGUAAGCUGAUUGAGCAGCAAAAGCCACAGCUCCUGGUGAGCCCAACAGCAAACUCCACAGCGAUUACCGCAUCCGUCGAACGAUUGGUUCGCGAGGGUAUUGGUCACACGCAGCUAGAGGAAGCUGAAGGAGCAGCUCACGCGGUGGCCGCAACGCCUGCAGUCAGAAAUGCUUUCGGCCAGGCGAUCAAGGACUGUUUACACCCCGGAAGACUCAGGACGCCCGACUUUCCCAACUCGGCGAGGUUUCCCAACGCCAGCAGACUGUUUGCCGACCAGAAUAAAGAACAGAAGGCCAAUACGUCUGCCACGACGGCAAACAAAUCGAGCAAGUAGGGCUCGGGGCUCAUUAAAACGAGAGACUCUUUACCAUCGCCGCCGCUACUACUUUCUCUGGUGGAUGACAGGCGGGCUGCUCUCGCUGCCCUUUGUUUCUGUUUUCUCGUGCUCGUCGUUAGUUUUUUAGCAAUUCUCUGAGUGCACUUUUGGGAUUAGUCGGGUCGAGCGAACCGAUGAAAGCAAGCGCUCGCCUCGUAGAAUCCAGAGUUAGUGUGCGUGGAGAAGAGUGUAACGUGCUGUCUAUGAAUGCGGGAAUUUUUAACAAACAAGAGAAAGAAGCUGAGAUAAACAAUGUUGCGUACGAUGGGCUGCAAAGUAGUUUUUAUCUACUACCAUACGAUUAUUUUUUCUUUUUGAUAUAAAAAAUAUAUUUUCCUCAGUGAGAAGUGAUGUAUGCAAAAUCUACUACAAAAUAUCUGCGACAAUUUUCAAACAUAAAAUGUAACGAACAGUAAGAAAGAAACUACUUUGUAUUAGAAAGCAACAUUACACCAAGAUUUAUAUUUUAUCAUAUCCAAUUAUUAAGAAAAUCGUAGCAUUCUAAAAAAACUUCGUAAAAUAAACAUUUUGUAAUAAUUUUAUUACGGUUUUAUAACAUUUUUUUAGAGUGCUUCCGAUACCUGCAUACUUUGUAUAGUUGUGUGCGGUACAAGUUGCGCAAUACUUUUUUUCGAUGUGUCAGCAGUCAGAUCACCAUAUCUUUUAUCGCAUCUAAUACUGUUGCAAUGAUUUUGAAUUUCAUUAAUUAUACAAUUAAUUUAUUUUUAUUUUACGUGUAUUCAUUGCGUUAACUUCUUUCUUUUUCCCGCUGUAGUAUGUAUUUGUACACAGGACACGAAGAAGCUUCAAUCAAAGAUAUAAAUUGACGGAUGAAAGAAAGCGGAAUUGUGGCAUUUCGUUGUCCUUAUGUGUCAUCACGUCUCCAAUGUUAUGAUAGAAUUAUACAAGAAAAAAGAUAACUGGCGCAAGUAUUUGUGCUUCAUCGCGGUUAAUUUAAAACAUCCUUAAUAAUAUUAAUAAAUAUAAAUAUGGUAAUAACAAUGAUUAUAGCAAAGUGUUAAAUAACUCGUUUCGAGCUAAUGCUGCAUAUUACGUGAGCAGUAAUUACUAUUGAAUAGAAAGUAUGACAAAAAUAUGUCGUGAACAGUUAACAUAAUCUAAUGUACGCGUAUGUUCGCUGCUUAUAAAGAUAAACUAAAGGUGAUAGUUUGUACUUUGAAGGAUUUGCCGAUUCUUUGAUUACCUAAGGAUUAUAUGGAAAUGAGUUUGCAAAAACCUUUAUAUUAUACAUUAUAUUAUUUUCACCAUGGUUAUCAUUUAAUAACACUUGAAAUAAAAACCAGUUUUUCAGUAUGAUCAA